AUCGCAAGCCGCCAAGGAUAAAAAAGACCGAGGCAGAGAGAGGUAUGUGCGGACCCUGGGGCACCUACGCUAAGCGCUCCUUCUCAAAACUCUCUGCCGUUCUCUGGAACUCUUCUCCUACCAGACAUUCCGGCGCCGCCAUGGACGAACUACAAGCCCUCAAGACCCGCCUCUGCAUCAUCGGCAGCGGCCCCGCUGCUCACACCGCAGCCAUCUAUGCCGCCCGUGCUGAGCUCAAACCCAUCCUUUUCGAAGGUUGGAUGGCUAAUGAUAUUGCCCCCGGUGGCCAGCUCACCACUACCACCGACGUCGAGAACUUUCCUGGUUUCCCCGAUGGUAUCAUGGGUAUGGAGCUCAUGGAUCGUUGUCGCAGCCAGUCUCUCCGCUUCGGCACCGAAAUCUUCACCGAGACCGUAACUAAGAUCGACUUCUCCAGUAACCCUUUCAAGAUCUUCACCGAUUCCAAAUCCGUUAUUGCCGAUGCUGUUAUUGUAGCUACCGGUGCGGUCGCGAAGCGUUUGAAAUUUCCUGGGUCGGGCGAUGGACAUGAAGGUGGGUUCUGGAAUCGAGGGAUCUCUGCUUGUGCGGUUUGCGAUGGUGCAGCCCCCAUUUUCAGGGACAAGCCGUUGUCUGUGAUCGGAGGAGGUGAUUCCGCUAUGGAGGAGGCCAAUUUCUUGACCAAGUUUGGGUCUAGGGUUUUUAUCAUCCACCGUAGGGAUACUUUCAGGGCUUCCAAGAUCAUGCAGAGUCGUACAUUGACCAAUCUUAAGAUCGAGGUGGUGUGGAACUCGGAGGUCGUCGAAGCCUAUGGAGAUGGAGUUAAGGGGGUUUUGGGAGGUUUAAAGGUGAAGAAUGUGGUGACCGGGCAGGUCUCGGAUUUGAAGGUCUCUGGUUUGUUCUUUGCCAUCGGGCAUGAGCCGGCAACCAAGUUCUUGGAUGGGCAACUUGAACUCGAUUCUGAUGGUUACGUUGUGACGAAGCCCGGAACAACACAUACGAGUGUUAAAGGUGUCUUCGCGGCUGGUGAUGUGCAGGACAAGAAGUACCGACAAGCGAUCACUGCUGCUGGCACAGGAUGUAUGGCUGCAUUGGACGCCGAGCACUAUUUGCAAGAGAUUGGUUCGCAGGAGGGCAAGAGCGAUUGACUAUCUGUGGGCUGCACCAGUAAACCAGCUUCAUCUCAAAAAAUUACCUCUUAUUUGUAGAAGGAAGCUCUCAAUUGAAUAUAUUUGCAUUCUCACCUGUAUCCAUUGCUGUUAUCACGAGAUGAAAAAUAAUUUCUGCUAGUUUUUCCUGGUAAUUUUUGUUGUCAAUGUUCUGCUACACAUCUUUAUUUGUUGAUUGAU